AUGGCUGAUAUUAAACUUAGAAUCUGUUUAGCGAUAUGUCUUAUUGGCGUAAUCUCAGCAUCAGAUGUAAUACCUUCAGCAAUUACUCAUGUCUCUUCAUUCAUACCUGAUCCUUCAAGUCAGCUGAGCACAACUUUUUAUGUUACUAAGUGUCCUCUUGCUCUUCAAAUCAUUAAGGAAGACAUAACCAGGGAAGUGUUGAAUGAUCGUCGAUUGGGCGCAUCCUUGCUCCGUCUUCAUUUUCAUGACUGCUUUGUUCAAGGGUGCGAUGCUUCAGUAUUGUUAAAGGACAAUGCAACUUUCAAGGGAGAACAAAAUGCUCUUCCCAAUGCCAAUUCUCUGAGGGGUUACGAAAUCAUAGACAAAGUAAAAGAUAAAUUAGAGACCUAUUGCCCUAAUGUUGUUUCAUGUGCAGAUAUCUUAGCUGUUGCAGCUAGAGAUUCUGUUGUUGCUCUUGGUGGACCUAUUUGGCCUGUUCGUGUGGGAAGAAAAGAUUCAACAACUGCCAAUUUGAGCGCUCCAAAUUUAGAUUUACCUUCUCCCUUCCUUAACCUUAAUGGCCUUAUUGAUGCGUUCAAGAAAAAGGGUUUCUCAGCUGAGGAAAUGGUUGCUUUAUCAGGUUCUCACACAAUAGGCCAGGCAAAAUGCACACUUACCAAGUCAAGGAUUUACAACGAAAGCAACAUUGCAUCUGAUUAUAGAACUUCGUUGCAAAAAACAUGUCCAAUAAAGGGUGGUGACAACAACUUAUCUCCUCUAGAUGCCACAACUCCCAACUUCUUUGACAAUCAGUAUUACAAAAAUCUGUUGGACAAAAAGGGUCUUCUGCAUUCUGAUCAACAACUCUAUAGUGGUAGUUCUGGUUCCCUUGAUUACAAAGUGUUGUCUUACGCAAUUAAUCCAUUACUCUUUAAAUUAGAUUUCGCUAACGCGAUGGUUAAGAUGGGAAAUCUCAGUCCUUUAACAGGAUACCCGGGUCAGAUCAGAAAAUAUUGCAGUAGAGUGAAUUAA